GAAUAGUCUUUGGAUUUAUAAAGAUUUUGAGGUUAAAAGUUCCGAAGAUAAUUACUGCCGUGCCGUAAUAGAUUUAAAUUUUUGAUGCUUUUUUCAAAUUAAAGCCAGUUCCAUUCAGUUAGAACUUUUUUUAGUGUCAUUACUAAAGCUACUUGUAGGAGGAAAAAUGUCAUUCCCUGAUCGAGCUCAGAGAAAGACUUGUUGGGAUUCUAGAGAUCGUUAUUGGGAGUGUUUAGAUAGUCACAACAUCAGAGACAGCUCUAGAAUACCAAAAGAGUGUACAGAAUACAGAAUGAUAUUCGAAAAAUCAUGUCCACCUAAAUGGGUUACACAUUUUGAUAGAAAAAGGGACUAUGAUUUAUUUAAAGACAAAAUGCAGAAGGAGGGAUUUGAACCGAUCAAAGAAAGUUAAAUUAUUUUGAUUGACCUUUGUUGUAUAUAUAGAUAAUGUAGAGUAUUAAAUUAUUAA